CAGCUCCAAACUGGGUGACCUGUGGCUGUAAAUGCUGCGAUCGAGUAAAGAAAAGCCCAGAAGACAACUGUUGGAGCUCCAUUGCUCGGACGGGAGUGCCAAGGACAUCCCCUCCGCCGCCAACCACCAUCUCCUCCGCCACAUUCUUUAGCUUUCCGGCAGUCUCUGCCGCAUCCGCGCCCUCCACGGCGGAGGCACACCACCUCCUCGUCUUUGUUUACUUGUUAGAAGAAAAUGGGUUGCGCAGCUUCGAAGCUGCAUAACGACGAAACCGUGCGGCGGUGCAGGGAGCGGCGGCGCUUGAUGAAGGAGGCCGUCUAUGCUCGGCACCACCUCGCUUCCGCUCAUUCUGAUUACUGCCGCUCCCUCCGGCUCACUGGUUCCGCCCUCACGACUUUCGCCUCCGGCGAGUAUCUCGCCGUCUCCGACCAGUCCCCUGCUGUGGUUCUCCGUACUCCCUCGGCAUCCAACUUCAAAACGCCUCUUCCGCCGCCUCCGAUUAAGAUCCACCAACCACCUCCGUCCAUUCGUACUCCUCAGCCGCGUCAAUUCUCCUAUUCAGAUUCUCCCACCAUCGCCUCCUCCAAACUUCCCCACAUCCUCUCCGCCGCCCCAUCCAUCUCCUCCCAGCGCCAACACCGCCGCCAACCACCACACCCGCUAAACCCCGUCAAACUCCCUCACAUCCUUUCAGAGUCAAGCCUCUCGUCCACGCCUAAAGCUCACAAUCCAUUCGAGAAACGCAAUUACACGUACAACGCGAAAGCCAAUUCAACCUAUUCUCGAACUCCUUCGCAAGCCUCAUCCGUUUGGAACUGGGAAAAUUUCUACCCUCCUUCACCCCCAAGUUCCGAGUACUUCGAACAGCUUCAGAAGAACAACAAUGAUGAUGGGUUUGAUGCUGAUAGGUCAUCUUCUCAUUCUCAGUACUCACAAGGAGUUUCUAACAAGGAUUAUCAUCAUAAACGAUUUGAAUUUUUACAUACCCAGAGCACUGAGGACGAGAAGGCUUCUAAUUAUUCAUCACACUCUCACUACUCGAAUGGGAAAUUUCGGGCUCAAGAUCCGGUUCUAUCAAGGGAACAUAUAGAGCAUGGCCAGCACCAUCACCAACACACUAAUUGGGAUAGCGAAGCAGAGAGGGAAGUAGUAGAGUGCAGCGAGUGGGAUGACCAUGAUCACUAUAGUACUACGAGCUCGUCCGACAUUGAGGAAGGAGAGAAAGAGGAUUUGAGGUCUGAGAUUGGGGCAAAACGGUCAAAUUUUGGUUGCGCAUCAGCGAAGAAUGAGGCUUCUCCUGCCCAGAUGAGGUGGAACUCAAUCAAUGGGUCUGCCAGGAAAUGUGAAACAGACGACGGAAGGUCCUCCUCAAUGAGCUGGGGCUAUGAGACUGCCAACGGGGAAAUGAUCUCUGAUACAAGAAUAGUUGUAAGGCACACGGAUCUUGCUGAGAUUGUGGCUGCCAUCAAAGAGUACUUUGACAAUGCUGCUUCUGCCGGAGAGCAGGCAUCUGAGAUGCUGGAGACAGGCCGUGCACAAUUGGACCAAAGCUUUAGGCAGUUGAAGAAGACAAUUUACCAUUCAAGUGGUGUUCUGAGCAACUUGAGUUCAAGCUGGAGCUCAAAGCCUCCAUUGGCAGUCAAGUACAAGUUUGAGCCCAGUUCAAUCAUGGGAGUGGACGGUUCUAAGAGUCUUUGUUCCACAUUGGAACGUCUAUUGGCUUGGGAAAAGAAACUUUAUCAGGAGGUGAAGGUACUCAUGUUGAUCUUGAUUUUCUCGAUAUUUUCUCUUUUUCAAAUGGCCUAAUUCUCACACACUGGGCAAAAUUUUGACCAUAUGCCGCUAACAAUACUGGUAUCCUUGGAAUUAUCUUUGCUAUAAAAUGUCAUCAUUAUAAAUGGAAAAUUGUUUUGAAUUCCCGGAAUCUUGUAAUGCAAUUAUGUCAAAGAUGGUGGAGGUGCGUAAAUCAGGUUUUGGAUGAUUAUCUCUGAGCAUUUUUGAGCCUUUUGACAGUCCAACUUUUUUGGGUCUAAUGAGUUCAGUUGUAGUGGAAUGACAAGAUUGCUGAUGUUUCUUUGAUAUUGUAACGACAAUCUAUUAUGAUGUUAUGAUGUUGAUAUUGAGCACAGGGAGGUCUUCCGUUCUAAUUCUCGCUGCAAUUUGUGCCUAACAAUGAUAAAACCUUGUAAGGAAUAGACAGGUAGGAGUCAGAGUAAUGUGUUAUUACUCUUCAGUUUUGUUUAUUUGAUCAUGGCCUUUCUGAAAUGUUAUUACUGCGAAUGAAACUGGGAAUGCCGUCCUGAAUCAUGUCUAGCUAAAAAAGUGGUGUUCAAAAUAAACAUUGUGAAGUAUUCUCAUUUUGUUGAAUAGGUUGGGCAUAUGGGUUGAUCAAGUUACGUAAUGGGUACUUCUUUUGCAGCAUAUAAUUUGUAGGAACAAAAGAGAUGUCCUUAGGAACCUUUAACUUUCCUAUGUCAUCUUCGCUUUCCCUUUUGUGAGAUAGUUCCCUCUUGUUGCAAUUGUAGUGAGUUGAAUAAAUGACGAGUUCCUCAGGAAAGCAUUUACAGCACUUUCCCUUGGAUACUCCUUAUACUCCCUCCGUCCAAAAAAAAAGGUUCUUAGUUUGACUUGACAUAAAGUUUAAGGAAAGUG